AAUGAAGGUUUCUUUCAGUUGUUUCCAGAACUCUAUUGCUGAAGUGCACCUCUCUUUGUUGGGUGAAUGAAUGUUCAUGAAGCCCUUUCCUGAACCAGCUGAGGAGCCUUAGGCCUCUUGGAGCCUGUGACAUGGAAGCUUUGGAAGUGGAUGAUAUCAGCCCAGCCUUGGAAGUUACUGAGGAUUUCCUUAGUACUUUUGAUACUAAGCUAGAAAAGGCUGUGCAGCAAGCUGAGGUGUAUGGGAUUCAGGAAGUCCCUGAAUUGGUGGGGCACGAGGUCCUCACUAACAUAACAGACAAUGGUGCUAUCAGAAAUGUUGCCUCCCUGGGCAAGGGGGGCCUGAUUUGGGACCACUGUAAGAGCAGGCUCUUAGAAACCAAAGCUCAAAAUGUCUUCCCUGCCAAAGAACAGUUUAUGGUUCAGAAGGGGACAGCCCCAGAUAAUCUUUCCUGGAUGGAACAAAAGGAAGCAUCGACCUUUAAUUUUUUCAACAUCUGUCCACGUCGGAGGGAUAGGCCUCGCUCCGUCAAUGACUUAUUGGAUGAGACCUCUACUUUCAAGCCAGGGCAUGCUCGGUCAAGGUCAGAUAUUACCCAGGUGGACUGGAGGCUAGUCCUCCAAACUAUGCCUCUGCAGCAGCAACUGUGUCUUCGGGGCCCUCAUUUCACCAGGCCAGCUUUUCUGUCGUCCUCACCAAAUAAGGUCGAAGAUGCUCAAGGGAAUACUGAACAUAAGCAGGCAUUCCCAAACCUUCUGAAGAAGGGGUACCUGGAGAUUAGGAAGGACCAUGACAGUUACUGGCAAAGCUGUUACGCAGAGCUCUCGCCCUACGACUUCCACUUCUACAGCCUUGACAGCAGUGGCAAUCAAGCCCUCUAUGCCACCUACCGGCUUUCACACUUCCAGAGCAUAUCUGUUUUGGGCAACCUCGAGGCCAGGCUGGUGGAUACCGUUCUGUAUGACAACACUCAGCUGCAGUUAAAGGCAGAGUCACCAUGGGAGGCUUUGGACUGGGGGCAGAAGCUUUGGGAAGUCGUGCAUGCCGCCGUGCCUGGUUAUGUGGGGCGGCAAGAUGAGCUGGCCGACUCACCGGGGCUUGGUCAUCACGUUGACUGUACACAGAAUCAUUGUUUACAGAAGAAAUCCAGGGAGCUGCUCGCACCAUCCCCUGUCUUGGAUAGUCCCAAACAAUACCAAAACAUCAUCAAAUCAGGGACGCUGUACAGGCUCACUGUCCAGAACAACUGGAAGGCAUUUACUUUUGUGCUUAGCAGGGCCUACCUUAUGGCUUUCCAGCCUGGCAAGCUAGACGAGGAUCCCCUGCUAAGCUACAAUGUGGAUGUGUGUCUGGCUGUCCAGGUGGACAACCUGGACGACUGUGACUCUUGCUUUCAAGUCAUUUUCCCCCAAGAUGUCCUCCGCCUCCGCGCUGAGACCCGGCAGAGGGCCGAGGAGUGGAUGGAGGCUCUGAAAACAGCAGCCAAUGUGGCGAGGAGUUCAGAGCAAAACCUGCAAGUCACCCUGAGGAGCAAACCCAAGGAUCAGAUGGGUGGGCACGAACUCAGGAAGAACAAACGUCAGUCUGUGACCACCAGCUUCCUCAGCAUUCUCACAACUUUGUCUUUGGAGCGAGGACUCACUGCUCAGAGUUUCAAAUGUGCAGGAUGCCAGCGAUCCAUAGGCCUUUCCAGUGGGAAAGCCAAGGUGUGCAAUUACAGUGGGUGGUAUUACUGCAGCAGCUGCCAUGUGGACGACAGUUUUCUCAUCCCCGCACGCGUAGUCCACAACUGGGAUACUUCGAAAUACAAGGUAUCUAAGCAGGCCAAAGAGUUUCUGGAGUACGUGUACGAAGAGCCCCUGAUCGACAUCCAGCAGGAGAACCCCAUGCUGUACCGCCACGCCGAGCCCCUGGCCACUGUGGUGCGGCUGCGGCAGCGGCUGAAGUCUCUGCGAGCCUACCUGUUCAGCUGCCGGGCGGCUGUGGCCGAGGAUCUGCGCCGCAGGAUUUUCCCCAGAGAAUACCUCCUUCAACAGAUCCACCUAUAUUCCCUCGCUGAUCUGCAGCAGGUGAUAGAGGGGAAGCUGGCUCCAUUCUUGGGCAAGGUCAUUAAAUUUGCCACCUCACACGUGUACAGCUGCAGUCUUUGUAGCCAGAAGGGGUUCAUCUGUGAAAUCUGUAACAAUGGAGAGAUCCUCUACCCUUUUGAGGAUAUGUCAACAAGCAGGUGUGAAAGCUGUGGAGCCGUUUUCCAUUCUGAAUGCAAAGAGAAGUCCGUCCCCUGCCCGAGGUGUGUCCGCAGGGAGCUGCAGAAGAAGCAGAAAUCUUUCUGGCGGAGGCUGAACAUGGACGAGAGCCUGGAGGAGGCUUGCAACAUGUUCGAGCUGUCCUACCAGAACACCUGAGUCAGCAGGGGCCUGAGGCCAGGGAUUGACC